UUUGACCUGCACAACUAAACCUGAAACUUAAAACUUCAGGAAUCCAGAACGGUUGCUCAACUUGUUUAUGUCCCAGAUAACCUGAUCUGAACUGAUCUGAACUGAUACAGUGGUGUGACUGUUUGCUUUAUUCAUGCAGCGUUAGUCACUGUGUCUACACUUCCUCCCUCCUCCGGCUCCAGAACCUCACAGUCAUGUUUAGAGCCGGCUCCUCCUCUCCGCCUGCUUCGACUCUGGAAUUUCAAAGUUGCCGUGUCAUGUUUUAGCCGUCCUCCCUCCUCCUCCUCCUCCUGGUUUUCCAGGGCAGUGCUGAAACUUCCUGACUCACGUUAAACUCCUGUAGUCCCUCCUCUCAUAACUAUCCAGGCCGUCCUCAGAGUUGCUGCAUCAUGUUUAAGCCUCAGUCACCUCCUCCUUUUUUUUGUUCUCUCUGCUGAAGUUGCCAGAUCAUGUUUUCGCCGAGGCUUUGUGGUGCCAAGUUCCUGUUUUGAGUCAGCUGCCGUGGGGAGGAGGAGACAGAGGAGCGGCCUGUAUAAAAAGGAGAAGAACAGCUGGAAGCACAAACUGUGCUGAACUUCCAGAGCAGACUGAACAUCGAGCGAGCCGCCGAAGCCACAGAACUUCAUCCUAACUGGACCACAAUGGAGACAGAGAAGAAGACCUCACAGCAGAUGACUGACACGGAUCUGUCGGAGCAAAUCAAAAAGGUGACGAAGGACAGUCACGUCAGGGCGGAGAACACGGAGCUGAUGCUGAGCUUCCAGCGGGGUCGGGUCACCCUGCAGCAGUAUAAGCUCCUCCUGUGCUCGCUGUACGAGAUCUACCAGGCUCUGGAGGAAGAGCUGGACAGGAACUCCAACCACCCUGGUGUCGCACCCAUUUACUUCCCGGCUGAACUUGCCAGGCUGGAGGCCAUCGAGAAGGACCUGGAGUACUUCUACGGACAGGACUGGAGAGAGAAGAUCGUCGUCCCCGCGGCCACUAAAAGAUACAGCCACAGACUCAGACAAAUCGGUAAAGAAAACCCUGAAUUUCUGGUGGCCCACGCGUACACCCGGUACCUCGGCGAUCUGUCCGGAGGGCAGGUCCUGAGUCGAAUCGCCCAGAAGUCCAUGGGGCUGAAGGGCAGCGAGGGUCUGUCGUUCUUCGCCUUCCCCGGCGUGACCAGCCCCAACCUGUUCAAACAGCUGUAUCGCAGCCGGAUGAACAGCGUGGAGCUGACGGAGGAGGAGAGGAACGGCGUGCUGGAAGAGGCCGUCCGAGCCUUCGAGCUCAACAUUCAGGUAUUUGAUGAUUUACAGAAGAUGUUGAACGUCACUGACAACAAGUCGCAGAACCGUUCACUGACACACUCGAUGCCGGUCCAAACGCUCCAGAUCAAAACGACGCCGCUGCUCCGGAUGCUCCUGGGACUGUUGGUGGCCGUGGCCACAGUCAGCGUGGGACUCUACGCUUUCUAGAGAAGAUGCAGCUGUAAAUAAUUAGAAGAUAUUGUUAGAUAUUUGUACUGUACUUCAACUGAUCAUGCAUUACUGUGUAAAUAAUUUCCUCUCACGCUGUUCUUCAGUGUGUGUUAAAGUGCAAUAUGUCGUAAUACUGUGAAUAUUUGACCUUUUUAAUAAAACCCUCUGUCCAACGAGA